AUGGAAAUUGGAAAUAUGAAAAAUCUUGGUGAAUUGAUUGUUGCCAAGAACAUGUUAUCUGGUGAGAUUCCGAGCACACUUGGUAGCUGUGUUAGAUUAGAAAAAAUUUACAUGGAAGGAAACUUCUUUCAAGGGAUCAUUCCUUCAUCUUUAAUUUCUUUGAGGGGUAUUCAAUUUCUAGAUGUUUCUUGCAAUAAUCUAUCCGGCCAAGUUCCAGAGUAUCUAGGGGACUUCGAUUUGCAGUAUUUCAAUUUUUCUUACAAUGAUUUCAAGGGCUCGUUGCCAACAAAAGGCAUCUUUAAGAAUGCUAGUGCAAUGUCUUGGAUUGGAAACCCUAAGCUUUGUGGGGGUACUCCUGAAUUACAGCUUCCUAGAUGCAACUUUGAACAAUCUAAGAAGAUUACCUCCACGUUGACCUUUAAAGUGAUAAUCUCUAUGGUUUCUGUGAUUUUGGGUUUAAGUUUGUUGUUGGGUUUUUUUGUACUUUAUUGGUAUAAAAAGAGCAAGACGGUGCUUUCUUCAUAUCCACAGAGAGAAUCCAAUUCAAAAGUGUCUUAUCAAAGUCUCCUCCAAGCUACAGAUGGGUUCUCUUCAACUAAUUUGAUCGGUAUGGGUGGCUUUGGGUCUGUUUAUAAAGGAAUUCUCGAUGAUGGAACAAUUAUCGCUGUGAAGGUUCUUAACCUUUCGCAUCGUGGAGCAACCAAGAGUUUCAAAGCUGAGUGUGAUGCCUUGAGGAACAUAAGACAUCGGAAUCUUGUCAAGGUGCUAACUGCUUGUGUAGACUUGUCUCACAACCAAUUGACGGGUUCCCUUCCUAUGGAAAUUGGAAAUAUGAAAAAUCUUGGUGAAUUGAUUGUUGCCAAGAACAUGUUAUCUGGUGAGAUUCCGAGCACACUUGGUAGCUGUGUUAGAUUAGAAAAAAUUUACAUGGAAGGAAACUUCUUUCAAGGGAUCAUUCCUUCAUCUUUAAUUUCUUUGAGGGGUAUUCAAUUUCUAGAUGUUUCUUGCAAUAAUCUAUCCGGCCAAGUUCCAGAGUAUCUAGGGGACUUCGAUUUGCAGUAUUUCAAUUUUUCUUACAAUGAUUUCGAGGGCUCGUUGCCAACAAAAGGCAUCUUUAAGAAUGCUAGUGCAAUGUCUUGGAUUGGAAACCCUAAGCUUUGUGGGGGUACUCCUGAAUUACAGCUUCCUAGAUGCAACUUUGAACAAUCUAAGAAGAUUACCUCCACGUUGACCUUUAAAGUGAUAAUCUCUAUGGUUUCUGUGAUUUUGGGUUUAAGUUUGUUGUUGAGUUUUUUUGUACUUUAUUGGUAUAAAAAGAGCAAGACGGUGCUUUCUUCAUAUCCACAGAGAAAAUCCAAUUCAAAAGUGUCUUAUCAAAGUCUCCUCCAAGCUACAGAUGGGUUCUCUUCAACUAAUUUGAUCGGUAUGGGUGGCUUUGGGUCUGUUUAUAAAGGAAUUCUCGAUGAUGGAACAAUUAUCGCUGUGAAGGUUCUUAACCUUUCGCAUCGUGGAGCAACCAAGAGUUUCAAAGCUGAGUGUGAUGCCUUGAGGAACAUAAGACAUCGGAAUCUUGUCAAGGUGCUAACUGCUUGUGUAGGUGUGGAUCAUCAAGGAAAUAAUUUCAAGGCUUUGGUCUACGAGUUCAUGGCUAAUGGCAACUUGGAGGAGUGGCUGCAUCCAAAUCCAAAAGAAAAUCGAGAUGAUAUGGUGUUGAAGAAACUUAACCUUCUUCAAAGAUUAAACAUUGCUAUUGAUGUUGCUGGCGCACUGGAGUAUCUUCACCGUUAUUGCCAGACACCUUUAGUUCAUUGCGAUCUCAAGCCAAGUAAUGUUCUUCUGGACAGUGAAUUGGUUGCUCAUGUAUCUGACUUUGGAUUGGCAAGAUUCCUUCCAAUAGCCACCCAAAAAUCAUCCACAAAUCAAACAAGCUCUAUUGUCAUAAGAGGAUCAAUUGGUUACACUGCCCCAGAGUACGGGAUGGGAAGUGCAUUGUCGACUUAUGGUGAUGUGUACAGCUUUGGCAUGCUCUUGUUGGAAAUGUUCACAGGGAAAAAGCCUACAGAUGACAUAUUUAGAGAUGGUUUUAACCUUCAUAAUUUUGUUGAGGUGGCUUUGCCUGACCGAGUUGCUGAAAUCGUAGAUCCAAUACUUUUCCAGGAAAUUGAAGAGGCACAAAGCUUAAGUGGCAAAAAAAAUCAAAGCUUGAUGAGUAGUGACAAAGCUAAAGAGUGCUUGAUUUCUAUCUUUGGAGUUGGAGUUGCUUGCUCUGCAGAAUCGGCAAGACUUCGAAUGGAUAUUGGUGUUGCUGCUGCUGANCAGUCUAGUUGGAAGUAUCCCUGA